AUGCCAGGCACCUGCGAGGCCCCAGGGCGGACGCCCGGCCUGGUGACCUUGAACGUCGGCGGCAAGCUCUACAGCACCACCCUGGACACCCUCACCCGCUUCCCCGACUCCAUGCUGGGCGCCAUGUUCCGCGGACCCCAGCCGGCCCUCACCGACAGCUGCGGCAACUACUUCAUCGACCGCGACGGCAAAGCCUUCCGCCACAUCCUCAACUUCCUCCGUUUCGGCCGGCUGGACCUGCCCGAGGGCUACGCUGAGCUCUCCCUCCUGCGGGCCGAGGCGGACUUCUACCAGAUCCGGCCGCUUCUGGAGGAGCUCCGGCGGGUGGAGGCGGAGCGCUGGCGGCAGAGGAGGAACGCGGUGCUGCACGCCGACGUGGACGUGCGGAAGCGCCUGGUGCACUUCAACGUCCGCCGAGGGCCGCAGAACUACGAGCUGAGCUCUAGCUGCCUGCACAUCUUCACGGCCAACGUUUUCUGCACCGAUAAACACUUCCUGGCUUUGCUGCGGAGGCGGCUGGGCCAGUCUGGCAGUGGUGUGGAAGAGGGGCAUUCUGGGAAGGGUGUGGGACAAUUCCCGAGGAAUUCCGUGAGGGAUUCCAUCGUCGGCAACGGAGAUUUCAGAGGGCAGAAGGGGCGGCUGGGCGGUUCGGAGACCGGCGGCGAGCUGGGGAUUUGGCCGGGCGACUCCACGGACGAAGACGAAUCGGACGAGGAGGCGUGGGACUACUCCCCUGUGGACACCAAGACAUGCCACCACCUUUGCCUGGAGUGGGCGCCGCGCCCAGCCGAACUUCCGGUAGCCGAGUACGCCAAGCAGAAGUUGCAGCCUCUGGCGGUUGGCGGGCGGGAGGUCCGUACGGGCCACGAAUUCCUAGAGGAGGUGCUGAAGGUGGCGCUGGCGCAAGGCUUCCGCGUGGAUUCCGUCUUCCCCGACCCGGCGGAUAUCCUGAAUGCCCGCUCUUUGCGGUUCGUCCGGCACUGA